AUGGAGAACUUCAUAUCCGUCUUUCAUGCUAGCAGUCCAGAUACGCCCCAAACUCCGUCACAGCCCCAAGCGCAAUCACACCAGCCCUCGCAACGGCCGGCAAGCAAUUCAUAUUUCUACGUACCCGGACAGUACUGGGAGUCUUUGGACUACUACGACAUGGCCAUGGACAUAUGCACCGACUUUUCUGAUCUCGGUCAAAUAACUCCUUCGUUUGCGUCGAACAACAGAUCCUUCAACCUCGCAGACGACCUUACGCCGCUUGACUCUCCCCUCGAUUUCGCACCAGAGUCUUUCGGCAGUCCUGGGGACUCUUUGCAGCUGGCGCGGACCAACUCGGGUGCCCAAGGGAGCCUGGAUGCAGAGGCGGAGUGUUCGGGGCAGGGACGAUGUAACAGCCAGCAGCUUCCUUGCAAGAUCUGUGAAAUGAAGAAGGAGUCCACGUUCCUCCCUGUGUUCUCAACGAGGCUCAUUCGGCUAAGCCAGCUCAUUGUGCAGAGGCGGAAAGAACAGAACCGAAAAGCGCAACGAAACCACCGUCUGCGCAGCGAGGCAAAGCUGGAUCAGCUGAGGGCAAAGGUCAAAUCGCAAUCCGAUGAGAUUGUGAUGCUCAGAGACUUCAACCAAUCGCUCCUGAAGCAUAUUGAAACGCUUGAGAGCAAGGACAAGGAUGGUGGGACGACCGACGCGGAUCCAGAGGCGGAAGAAGAAAACAUCCUUCAACGGCAACCGUCGCUUCCUGAUUGA